CUCUCGAGUCAGAUCCAGCAUCCAGUCCAGAUCUCGUACUAGAAGAGAAGAAGAUGAUGAAGUCAAGGGAAGAAAGAUCCGCGAAAUAAGUAUGAUUUACUCUAUAUCGCAAUUCGCAAACAUGGUUUCUUCUUUUGAUCAAAUAGAUCGGCUAUGCAGGCGCUGCGGCACGGAGAGUCAAGACCUCAUACAUUUAUUCGACAAUCAAUUCGGAGAGAGGAAUUUGGUGGCGAUUAUCAAGAAAUACGUGAGAGUGAUUGUUAGUAAUCGUGAUGCUUUACCUCGUCACGUGUGUGGUCCUUGUGUUGCAAAGUUGGAUGAAGUGGUUGAAUUUGUGGACACCAGUUUGGCUACACAAGCAAAGUUCAGAAAACUUUUUGAAGCUGAUAACACGUCAGGUAACAAAGUUAAGUUGAGUGAAGACCGCCUUUAUGAAAUUAUUCAAGAUGUCGAGGUUGAACUUGAAGAAACAGAGGAUGAUGUUAUUGAUGAUGAGCUGGGCAGUGAAGAUUCCACUCCACGUUCUUACAAGAGGCGGGCUGCUAGUGCAUGUAGUGAGAGGACGCAAGAAGCCUAUGAAAGGAUGUAUUGGAAAACUAAUCAAACAGAAAACUGAGAACUUGAAAGGACUUAGUUCAUGCAAGAAUGAAAUAGGGGAGCUACACAUCUCGGAUGAUGUUGAUUCACCAGAUGCUGUUAUUUCUCAGAAAGCAGAUGAAACUAACAGAAGAAUUAAAGAUGAUGUCACAACAGAUGACCAACUAUCUGGCGCAAGGGAAGCUGUGUCUAGCAGUAAGAGACUGGGUGGCGUCCAAAAUGUAGGGAUGCCCCGAUUGUGUGUUCUGGCCGUACCCGGAGACCCAUCUCUUCAGGUCCGCCCUGGCUGUCUGGCGGGCGUCCUCACUCAACUGUCGGGGAAGAAGGGGAAUUAACCUACCGACAUAGGGAACCAGGUUGUUGAACAAUAUUGUCACAUUUAUUACAAUUUUUAUCAUGAAGAAAAAAGAGGGGGGGAGCAUUUUAAGAUGCUUACCUGAUCAUUCAGAAGGAGCAUCACCAUCUCGUAGCAGAUGGUGCAGGCCUCCGGGUGCCAAACCAUAUACGGCAGCAGUCCCUCCUCAGCUACAAAGGGGACGGAGCAGUUCGCGUGGGAGCGACACACUUCGUGCCCCACGGUCUCGACAAGGGAGGCGGAGCACCCCGGCGACUGACAGCGCAAUUUCUGUAAUGAAUUAUUAAUGAGUAUCAUCCUCAAGGAGUGCCGGAGUAUGCUGGAGCUACUCCGGCGAGGGUAUGGAACUUAACUAGAUAAAGUUCAAGACUUACUCAUUAAUAAUAAAUACAUCUAAUUCACUGAAUAAAUUCUUAUAAAUAAAGGCUAACUGCUUGGUCUCGGACCCGCUCCUGGAUUUUAUGUAGGUCUAGUACUUGGGAUCCAAUAUCCGCCGGACUAUGAGGAGGACAGGCCUCAACUCUGUAGGUCCGGCCGGACCAGAGGGCUUCGUAUGAACGUAGGCGCCUACAUUAUAUCUCCAAGAAUGAGGACUGAGCUAUAGCAGGUUUAAUGCAAAACUCCGGUGGCGGGUGUGAGGGUGAGUCACUCUCCGCCGGCACCGCAAGGGUCCGGAGCUGUUCUCUGUACGAUCCCUCAAGGCUUAGCUCACCUAAAGUCUCAUUUCUCUCUGUCCUAGCCACUGGCUGUGGAAUAGGCAGAGGUGGCAGGUCAGGGGAAGGUAAUGCCAUAACUGACGUUGCCUACCUCUACUGAGGAAGGGGUAGGAGCAAGGCUCUUACCCCAAUUCCACUGUUAGAGGAGCCAGAGAAAGAGACAACGGAGUGGCGGAGCAAAAUAUGUACUUCCUGAAGCUAUGUCUGUCAUCCGGCGGGGGCCGGAGGACUAUAGCUCGGAGCCGUAAUACCCCUCGCACCCCUCAUACCCGUCCCCCUCCUUCCACUUAUGUGAAACUCAAGCGGACGUUCCUCACUAAGAGUACUAGUAC